CCUAACUCGCGCCGCUAUAAAAUGGCGACUCUGGCGAUCAGGGUUUAUCUCGACUCCGCAACCUCCCUCUAGCCCGAGCGAAGAAGAAAGGAGGGUGCUCUGCCGGCGGCGGAGCGGAGAUGUCCGAGAGGAGGCGCGGCGCCGGCGCCGGCACCGGCACCCGCAAGGAUGAGGUGGUGACCCGCGAGUACACCAUCAACCUCCACAAGCGCCUCCACGGAUGCACCUUCAAGAAGAAGGCACCGAAUGCCAUCAAGGAGAUCAGGAAGUUCGCCCAGAAGACCAUGGGUACCACCGAUGUCCGGAUCGAUGUGAAGCUCAACAAGCACGUCUGGAGCAGCGGUAUCCGGAGUGUGCCGAGGCGAGUCCGUGUCAGGAUUGCCCGCAAGAGGAACGACGAGGAAGACGCCAAGGAGGGGCAGUACUCUCUGGUCACAGUAGCUGAGAUCCCUCCGGAGGGUCUCAAAGGUUUGGGAACUAAGGUUGUUGAGGAUGAGGAUUAAGUCGAAGGGUUCAAUCAUCUAGCACUUAAAUGCAUACCAUGAGAGCAAGUUUGAUAAUGCUGCUUCAGCUUGUUAUCUAUGCCGGAUGACGUGUGAUAGAAGUUUCGAGACGUUGCUCCUUUCAAGUUUUGAAAUUUUGACUAUAUGCCAUGCCAAGUCUGUGUUAUCUUUACACAUUCCGAGCAUCUGUAUUUAUUAUGCUGAGACAGACUCAUCAAUUUUUGCUUGUACAACCUGAUAUGACUGAUGUAGCCAUGUGUUUUAAGAUUUUUUGACGCAUGAAAGAUCACUUGUAGCCCUGUC